UGCAUAACAAAGGCGUACUCAUUGCAGCCUCUAUGGUUCAACCUCAACUACCCGCUGUCAUUGUGCCCUUCUGAGCUGUGGUUGAGCAACUUCCAACAUGUCUCCAGUAAAGAAUUUAAAAAGAGUUUUCUCCGUUGGCGUGGGAAUGACAAAGUUUGAGAAGCCCGGGGCGAGAGACUUUGAUUACCCUGAAAUGGUUAAAGAAGCAGGUCAAAAGGCCCUAGCAGACGCAGGAAUCCACAGUGCCAUAGAACAGGCCUGUGUGGGCUACGUCUAUGGUGACUCUACAUGUGGCCAGCGGGCUAUCUACCACAGCCUGGGUCUGUCAGAUCCCAUCGUCAAUGUGAACAACAACUGCUACGGCUCCACAGCGCUGUUCAUGGCUCGCCAGUUAAUCCAGGGAGGUCUUGCUGAUUGUGUGCUUGCCCUUGGCUUUGAAAAGAUGGAGAGGGGUUCUCUGUCCUCAAAGUACAUGGACAGGACCAAUCCAAUGGACAAGCACAUGGAGGUCAUGAUCAAUCGCUACGGGAUGGCGGCAGCACCAUUCGCCCCACAGAUGUUUGGCAAUGCUGGCCGAGAACACAUGGAGAAGUACGGCACUAAACCUGAACACUUUGCCAAAAUUGCUUGGAAAAAUCAUAAGCAUUCAACCAACAACCCGUACUCUCAGUUCCGUGACGAGUACAGUCUAGAACAAGUGAUGAAGUCCAGAAAAGUAUUUGAUUUUCUCACCCUACUUCAGUGUUGCCCAACAUCAGAUGGUGCAGGAGCAGCCAUCUUGGCCAGUGAGGACUUUGUUAGGCAACAUGGUCUGGAACACAAAGCGGUGGAGAUCAUUGCCCAGGAGAUGGUGACGGACACGGCCUCCACCUUUGACGAGAACAGCUGCCUGAAAAUGGUGGGUUAUGACAUGACACAGCAAGCAGCCAGGAAGUGCUUUGAGACGGCCGGACUGACGCCAUCGGAUGUGGACGUCAUUGAGCUGCAUGACUGCUUCUCGGCCAACGAGCUCAUCACAUACGAAGCCCUAGGCCUGUGCGCAGAGGGGAAGGCAGGGGAACUCAUUGAUAGUGGAGACAACACCUAUGGGGGCAAGUGGGUGGUGAAUCCCAGCGGAGGCCUCAUCUCCAAAGGUCAUCCCCUCGGGGCCACAGGCCUGGCGCAGUGUGCGGAGCUGUGCUGGCAGCUGAGGGGCGAGGCCGAGCAGAGGCAGGUGCCGGGGGCAAAGGUGGCUCUGCAGCACAACAUCGGCCUCGGAGGAGCUGUGGUGGUGACGCUCUACAGGAUGGGAUUCUCUCAGGAAACACGGCCUCAGAUUGGAGCAGUGCUCACCAGUGCAGCCAGUAACCUGGAUGGCUUCAAGGCUAGCGCCGUCUUCAAAGAGAUCGGCAACAAACUAGAACAGGAAGGGGAGCAGUUGGUGAAGAGGAUCGGCGGCGUCUUCGCCUUCAAGGUGAAGGGCGGCCCAGGAGGGGAGGAGGCUCUGUGGGUCGUGGACGUGAAGAAUGGCAAAGGCUCCGUGACCAACGACGCAGAUAAGAAAUCGGAUUGUACUAUUGCCAUGCUAGAUGAAGACCUUCUGGCCCUGAUGACGGGGAAAAUGAAUCCACAGACCGCAUUUUUCCAAGGAAAAUUGAAGAUCACCGGAAAUAUGGGAAUGGCCAUGAAACUCCAGAGCCUGCAGAUGACCCCUGGCAAAGCAAAGCUGUGAAAUAUCUUCCCCUUUAUCCAUGUUUUCCUUUCUAUGUCUUUCUUUUCCGCCAGAAACGUUGGUAAGAACGACAACCUGUCUGCGAGCUUCAAAUGAAUAACUUGUGCUUCCUAACAAUGACAAAGAACAUUCUAUGGCCAUAUCUAUUCCACGUCUAUUUUUCUCGUAGAGACUGGCGUCAGCAUAACUGUCUCUUUAGCACAAACACUACAAUGAAUAUCAUCAAAUGUCGGGAAAAUGAUCCAGCUGUGAGUUUGUGAGAGCAACUGUUUGCUGUCUGUAACCUGAAUAAUUGUUAAAAACUUGACGGUGAGGCUGUGUGAAACGGCCAUUAGUGGAUGCUGUCAUACAUAACGUGUGCUGCUGCCCUGCUCCUUGUUCAGUCAAUGGCUAAUGUAGAAAACCUGAACUUGCCCAGGUCAGUGAAGACCUUCAUAUUAAUGUGGUCUACAUACAGUGCCUCUGGAAUGCCAUUUCAGCUGAGCCCCCUUGGUGAUUCUUUAUGAUUUUUUUAAUAAUUGUCGACAUUUAGGGAACCAACAUUAUGCUUGAGGACUCAACAUAUCACCGUAUAAGAAAUGCAGCUUAAUUCUAUGGCAGAUGAGAGAUUGUAUUACAGGCCUUUCUAAUUUAAUUUGUCAGACGUUAAGUGCUUUCACCAGAACAUUGAAAUAAUGUUAACAAAUAAUUUUGUAUAGAAUGAGUGCUUGUGGAUGAGGAGACUGUUGAUUUUGUAGCAAAUAAAGCUUGUAUUAAUUUUUC